AUGACGACGCCUCCUUCCCUCUUCCACGCGCUCCUCCGCCCCUCUAUACUUCAGAUCCUCCGCUCGACGGGCUACCACUCGACGCGCCCGGCCGUGCUCGACUCACUGACGGACCUCGCCGCCCGAUACCUCUCGCUGCUCUGUCAGAGCACAGCCGACCACGCGGCGCACAACCAGGGCGACAGCGCAGAUUUUACUAUUGUCGACAUCCGCAUGGCCCUGCAGGACGCGGGUGCCCUCAUGCCUGAGCGACUGCCCGCCGAGGAGCUGUUCCACGACAAGGAGGACCUGCGCGGCCUCGAGGAGUUCAUCGCCUGGUUUGCGGGACAGCGCAUGAAGGAGAUGAUGGAUGUUGGCAGCGGAGACGGCGAGAUGGAUGCGACUGAUUACCUCAAUGCUCUUAAGAAGAAGCACAGCAAGACGGGCGAAGACGCCAAGUACCACGGAACGAUUCUAGGCAGGGGACACGAUGCAGGAGAGGUACAAGUCGAAGGAGGACCAGACACGAGCAUCUCGGAAUGGAUCUCCAAACGCAGAGCAUCUGCUUCACUCAGCCCCGAGCCUGAGCAGCCGCCGCAGCAUAACCAGAAGGCGGUUCAGCAAAACGGCCACGCCAGCGACGACGAGUCAGGCCUGAGCUCUGUGGGAGACCGGCUGGAUCACGAGAUGGACUUGUCAUAG